GUCAAAACAAAUUGAGAAGGGAGCAUGUUAUCGUGUGCAAAAACAAGUAGUUUUUAUAGUUCAUAACUUAUUAUUACAGUAUGAAUACCACAAGGUUAACAUCGGUGUAAUGACCAUUCUUUCCUAGUUUUGAUGAUUCUCAAAAAAUGACCCCGUUGAGUAAAGUUAUUAACAAUGAUGACAUGCAAAAGAUCAGGGCAGAAUUUUCGAGACUGGGAGAUAGGUGUUACCUAGAAAAUGCUGGAGCAACAUUAUAUCCACAAGGUUUACUUGAACGCAUUAAUGAAGACUUGAUGACCAAUGUAUAUAUGAAUCCACAUACAGACAAGUACACAAAAGACUGUAUAGAACAAAUUAGAUAUAUGAUAUUGCAGUACUUCAAUACUGACCCCACAGAAUACAGUGUAAUAUUUACAUCUGGCACUACACAAUCAUUGAAAUUAGUUGUUGAAUCUUUUCAAUUUGCCUGCGAUCCACAUGAAGUUGUGAACUGUGGAUCAUUUGUUUAUCUAAGAGACAAUCAUACAUCAGUCCUUGGUUUGAGAGAAAUAGCUUCAGACAAAAAUGCAGAUAUCAUCCACAUAUCUCAUGAUGACUUCCUGACUUACCUCGACCCCCAACAAUCAACUCCAACAUCAAAAUGGAAGGAGAAAUACAAAAAUGAGGGUAACACACUCCUUGUGUACCCCGCACAAAGCAAUUUCAAUGGAUAUAAGUACCCCCUAGAUGCUAUAGAUAAUAUUAAAGAUGGAUGUUUAAACAAUUAUAUAAAAAAACAUUUAUGUAAAGUGAAUUGCAAUUGGUAUGUGUUACUGGAUGCUGCAUCAUUUGUGGCUACAAACAAGCUGGAUUUAUCUCGAACCCGCCCAGAUUUUGUAUGUUUAUCAUUUUACAAAAUUUUUGGUUAUCCCACUGGACUUGGGGCACUUUUAGUAAGAAACAGCAGUGUACAUGUUUUGAAUCAGAAAAGAUAUUUUGGAGGUGGAACUGUCGAUGUGGUUUUGAGCAGUGAAGAUUACCAUGUGAAAAGAAAGCUUGUUUGUGAAAGAUUUGAAGAUGGCACACAUCCAUUCCUUGCAAUUAUUGCCUUGAAACAUUGCUUUGAUUUAUUUAAUGAACUAAUUCCGAAAAUAAUCAACAAUGACAUUAUGGAAACCAUAUCACAUCACACAUACUAUUUGGCUCAAGAUUUGUACAAUCAGCUGAGGAAGCUGGAGCAUCAAAAUGGAAUAAAGGCAGCUGUUCUUUACCUGGACUCUGCAUUUACAGAUAUCAAGGUACAAGGAAGUAUAGUCACAUUCAAUUUAGUAAGAGACGACAAAGCCUUCAUUGGAUAUGCUGAGUUUCAACACAUGGCGGAUCUUUUUGGCAUCAAUGUAAGGACAGGUUGUUUCUGCAACUCAGGUUCAUGCCAGCGCCAUCUACAGGCCACCAACAAAGAAAUGAAAGAUAUGUACAAAGCUGGACACAAGUGUGGCGAUGACUUUGACCUAAUCAAUGGGAAGCCUACUGGAGCUAUAAGAGCUUCCUUCAGUUAUUAUAACACCUUCGAUGACGUGGAUCAGCUGAUGCUAAUGAUUUGUCGAUGCUUCGUUCCCAAAAAAUUCAAGAGGCCAAAGCGACAAAUGACAAACUAUAAGGCGCCAGUUGUGAAGGAAACAAAAAGAAAUAACUCCGAAGAAAAAAUUAAAAUGUUCUAUGAACCACAGGGUUACAAAACAGUUGAUAUCCCAGAUUCACUGCCAAUCACUGAUAAAAUUGUAUUGAAUGAAAUGGCUAUUUUCCCUAUAAAAUCUUGUGGUGCAUUUAAAAUUAAAUCAACUUGGAAAUUAGGCAAUAAGGGUUUUGAAUAUGAUAGACAGUGGAUGAUUAUAAAAGACAAUGGAGUGUGUCUGACACAGAAACAAAACACUCGAAUGUGCUUGAUACGCCCAAGAAUAGACUUGAAGCAGAAAACAUUGAUUUUGAGCUUCAAAGGUAAACCCUCGAUCUCAAUCCCAUUGGAACCUAAACAAGAGAUGUGGGAAAAGGAGGCUACAAUGUGUCAAACAAGAGUUUGCUCCGACACCGUGAAGUGCAUCGACUGUGGAGAUGAGGUUGCUAACUGGAUAUCAGAAGCUCUAGAAGUUUCCUAUUUAAGACUGAUAAUGCAAUCCGAUGAUACAAGAAAGCAAAAAAAGAAAAAUAACAGGGAAAAGUCGACAGAGGACAGACUGCUCAGCUUAAGCAAUCAAGCUCAAUACCUUUUGAUAAAUAAAGCUACUGUUCGGUGGCUAAGCUCCAAAAUCGAUGACUCCCAGUUUUUCGAAAAUAUAGAUGACUUGACCGAUCGAUUUAGGGCGAACCUAGUGAUAGACAUGGACAAAGAAUUAGUAGAGACCGAGUGGCAGAGAUUGAUUAUUGGAAAACACGAAUUCAAAGUGGAAGGUCUGUGUACCCGUUGUCAGAUGGUAUGUAUAGAUCAACAUACAGGCGAGAAAACAGUAGAACCCCUGAGAACUAUCUCUGCACUGUUUGAGGGGAAACUGCGAUUUGGAAUUUACUUAAGCUAUGUUGGUGCAGUGGAUGGCUCCAAAGAUAACAAAUUAAAGAAUUAUUCUCCUAUUCAACCAAUAAAUAUUGAUGAAGACAUCAGCAGGUGAAAUAUGUUUAAUAUUUAAGAACAGAAGUGUUCUAAAAUGUUAAAUGUGUCAUUCUUGAGGCCUGCUUAUAUUAUUGAUGAUUAUUGUGAGCUUUCUGUUCGAAGUCAUUGAAGUUACAUUAUUAUGUCAGUACAUAUCAUAGAUUAUUUCAGUUACCUAGAUUUUUAAUACUUUGCAACAUCUCAUAGACUUAUAAAAAUAAACCCCCUUUUUGUUACUUCCCCACAACGCUAUAAUGCUUGAAUGGCUUCGUUACACACUUAGCAUAUUAAAAUUUUUAUUUCCAUUAAGAAAUUAGACUUCUUUUACUACCUAUUUAGAAGUUGUGGAACUAAUUUUUAAUUAACAUUUUUUUUUAUUUUUCUCAGAUGUUUAUUCCUUAUAGCUUUGGCACAAAUAUUGUUGUUUUUUAUUUGUUUUAUUUUAUUAUAAAGUAAUGUUAUCUGCACACUUUGUCACUAAGAAACAAUGUAUUCAACUUAUAUUUUAUAAAAACAGUAGAAUAGAGUUAUUUAAAUUACUUAUACGAAUUGAUUAUAUUACUUAAUUGAAAUGUUUACAAAACAGUUUUCUACAUUGAUGUUUGUCAUAUUAUCUGUUAAUUUAUUUACAGGUUCCAGGACUGGUUUUUUAAAUACUUUAUAACUUCUUGCUCUUGUCCAUGUGAAUCCAACAAUCCACAUUAUUGCUGAACAAUUUUGAAGGAAAAAAAAAAAUAUUUAAAAAUGUA